UGGCAGCUGGGGGCCUGUUCUGAAGUGCCCACUCAGAAGCUAAUUUAUGGAGGACCAUGGAAAAGCCCUCCCUCGGCCUUUUUCUUCUGUUGUAAACGAGGAUGGUGAUGCAUGCUCUGGGGGGUGAGUGUGAGGGUGCUGUGCGAGAUAGGAGGGCACCGGAGCUGGGAUUCAGUUGCACCACCCUAGGGAGAUGAAAAGGAGGAGAGAAGGCCAAGGGAGAGCUCAGGCCAGGAGAAGAGUCUGGGCUUCACUCUAGAGGAGGUGGAGCAGAGUGAGGUGAUCAGGGCAAAAGCAGCAAAGAAGGCAAGAGAACCAGGCCGAGCCAGGAAUGGUGGUGCGCACCUGUAAUGCCAGCGCUUGGAGGCUGAAGCAGAAGGAUCACCAUGAGAUAGAGGAACUGGCCAACUGAGGGUGGUGGUGAACAUCAAGGAAGGGCUGACCACGGAUCCCUGGACAGCUCUAGAGGUACGAGGAUCUCCCUGUGGGUACUUCCUGGGGUCCCAAGACAGCCCUAGGUUGCUGGAGACCAUGGAGUCUGUGGAAAGGGGGAUGACAUGCUGAGAGGACAGUGCAUCCAGAGGAGCAAGAUGGACUCCUCCCGUGCUGACCCUGCCCACGGAGAUCACGUCUCAGCAGGACUGAGGAGGAAAUGGAGCCAGAGGAGCUGACCACUGGAGAGGAGGGGGUGAUGCAACCCCACGGAGCAGAUACCCUGCCAAGAGAGAGGAUGCCCUGGAGAUGAGAAGACAGAAGAUGCAGUUCCCCCUCCCAGGCCAGCGUCCAUCCAGGCUGGUCCGCACUCAUGGUCAGGCACCUCCCAAGCCACAGUGGCUCUUGCCCUGCUGCCUUUUCUUUCUCUAAUCUCUGAGUGUGGUGUCAACAGGCCCCAAUUAAGAGUAAUUAACUAGGGCUGGGGAUUUAGCUCAGCGGUUCAGUGGCCUGCCUUGCAAGCGCAAGGACCCGAGUUCAAUCCCCGGUACCAAACAAACAAAAAAAAAGAGUAGUUAACUGAUCUAUGAGAAAAUUCUGGUUCACCGGCUCCUCAGGCUCUUUGCUCUCUUUCUUUCAGGGCUAAAACUUCUCAGUGAAAUCUGAACAUCCAGAACAAGACUUAGAAUCUUUCUCCCUUCUCUCUAGAUCUAUCCAAAAUGAAACAGGAUGAGGCCAUUCUCCAAGAGGGUCAAUAACAGGUGACCGCAGGAAAGGUUUCUAGAGUUCCCUGUGUGCCAAGAUACUCACCAAGGUGCCUCACUCACCUGAUCCUGGUGACCUGAUGCAAAGAGAUGGUUACUUACACCACUUUAUGGUUGAAGAAACUGAGACCCAGAGAGUUGAAGCCAUCAAUCUUGGACGCAUAGUUAGUGAUAGCAGGGCCAGGAAUUCAAGUUAAACUUAUCUGACUGAGAGCUGAGAUUUUACUCCUGCCCUCUGCGGUCAGUGCCACACUGCAUGGGGUGACUCAGGGGCCCUAAGGGAAGGUGCUUUUUCCACCCCCAUCCUGUGCUGAGGCCGAGUUCUACCUCUUGCGCUCUUCUAUCAAAGGGCAGUUUCACUAUCACUGGCUUUUCUGUUUGACUCGGUGAAGUAGCCAGGGCAGCCUUAUCGUGCCCAUUUUACAGAUGAAGAUGUCAGAGCUAGUGGCUGGCAGAGGGAGAAACUUGAAUCCAGGUCUCUCUGACUUCCAGAGUAUGUGUUCUCUUUCUUACUCCACGGUUUCCAAAAGACAAAGUCCAAUGCUUGCCAUGGAGCUGAGUCCAGGUCUGAGCCUGGCUGACAAAAGGCUUCCUCGUGGCUGUGUCAGGCCUGACUGUCCCCUUCUGUCCUCUGCAGGUGCCACCCCAGGAGUGAAGGAUGCCAUUCUGGGUGUUCUUCUUCUUCAUGAUCCUCACCCUCAGCAGCAGCUCCCACUGCUCCCCAUCCCUCUCCCUACCCCUCAGGAUGCGACGGUACGCAGAUGCCAUCUUCACCAACAGCUACCGGAAGGUGCUGGGCCAGCUGUCUGCCCGCAAGCUGCUCCAGGACAUCAUGAGCCGGCAGCAGGGAAAGAGGAAUCAGGAGCAAGAAGCAAGGAUACGGCUUGGCCGUCAGCUAGACAGCGUGUGGACAGACCAAAAGCAGGUAGCAUUGGAGAGCAUGCUGGUGGCCCUGAUGCAGAAGCACAGGAGGAAUUCCCGAGGAUAAAGACUCCAGCCGAAGCUUGGGCCACUGGUACCCAAAACACAAUUGGAUCCAGUUAAUCCUAUUUCAGUUCUGACCUACUUUUUCCUUUGUAUAUUCAAUAAAAUUCCC